ACAGGAAACAUCUGUGGGCCUUGGAAAUCCCCGUCUUCAAUAUGUUUGUCUAAAAAGAAUUAAAAAUGGCCGAGAAGGUGGUAGAAUCUGGCUCGCCUUCAGCCAAGAAACCUAAACUUUCUUCCCAGCCGCUGUCUGUCUCUGCAAGCGAUGGCACAGGAAAUGGGCAAGGAAUGACGCAAGAACAAGCUACGGAUGGAAGAGGAUGUUCCAAUAUGUCAUACCUGAAUCCAGGAAUGGGAAAUGCUGAUACUCUAAUUGCAGAGACAUCACAGCAAGGUUCUCCUCAAAUGGGAGGGCAGGCGAGCCUUAGAGGUCCACAGCCUGGAGCAAUGAACAAGGAUGAUGACUUGGGCGUUGCCCGCAAUAACCCUGAAAACCCUGAGCAAAAUAUGGAGAAACCGGGCCUCGAUGAUGAGAGCAACACCCAACAGGCAGCCGCCACUCAGAACCGUGGAGGUUCACUUUGUCCGAAUAUCCAGUGCCGCAGCCAAUCUUUACUUCAUGCCUGCGAGUGUGAUAAUGCCAACUGUUCAGCACCAUCUUGUCAAACUAUGAAGGGAUUUGUCCGGCACCACGAAGGUUGCGAACGCAGAGUCAACGGAGGAUGUCCAUCUUGCAAAUAUCUCGUUGCUCUUUGCUGCUACCACGCUACGGAUUGCCAGGAGAACCAGUGCCCGGUGCCAUUUUGCGCAAGAAUCAAACAAACACUUCCUCAGCUUCAGCAGCGCCUGGACGAGAUUCAUCGGAGACGCAUGCAAGAACUUAUGUUCAUGUUAUGGCUAGCAAUGUAACCGGUCCUCUUUGUUUUCCCUUCACGUGCGUUGGGGAAGGUGCUUAGGAGCCGAUAGUUGUUUGGGUGCUGACCAAAUGACUUCCUUCACAAGCUUGCAAUAGGUUUGUUUUUUUUUAAAUUAAUGAAAAUAUGUAAUAAACAAAAAAAAAACAAAAAAGAAUGUUAUCUAAACUAGAGGACAAAAAGGUGAAUGUUGCUUUAAAAUUAAAAAAAAUAUAUAAAUAUCAA